ACUCUGGGAACGGGUCCUCUGGGGUCGCCCUGCGCAUGUGCAGUUUCAGCAACUACUCCCCUCUUCCCUUCCGCCAUCUCCUUUGUCUGGUCAAGAUGGUUUUGCAGCUUCUGGGUCUCAGCCGCGUAGAGGCUUUGCAGCUUUUACAGCGCUUAGUACGGGAUCCUGUCCCCAAGUCCUCAGGGAUGCAACUGUGAAGAGACUAUGGACAGAAUCUCACUAUGUGCAUCGGUGUCAUUCAAGGACGUGGCUGUGGAGCUGACCCAGGAGGAGUGGCAGCACAUGGGCCCCGCUCAGAGGACCCUGUACAGAGACGUGAUGCUGGAGAACUACAGCCACCUCGUCUCAGUGGGAUAUUGCAUUACCAAACCAGAGGUGAUCUUCAAAUUGGAACAAGGAGAAGAGCCUUGGUCCUUAGAAGAAGAAUCCCCAAACCAUAGCUACCUGGAAAAUUACAAAGCAGAUGUCUAUUUCAAGAGGAGUAAAGGAAAUGAAGAAAAACAUCUGUGGGAAGUAAUACCCAUCAAUAACAAAAUAUUGACUAGACAAGGAGAGAAAAUUUUGGAAAAACCAUGUAAUCCGGGCACAGCUUCAUUUUCUUCAAGAAAAAUUCGCUGUAAAUGCGACUUAUGUAGAAUUAGUUUCCCAAUUGUUUCUGAAUUAAUUAUGAGUGAUAGAAAUUCUUCAGGAAAGAAGGCUGAUUAUAUUACCGUAUGUGAAAAAUUACAUCUUGAUAUUAAUAAUGAGGGAACUCAUGCUGGAGAGGAAUUUUAUGAAUGUAAUAAAAAUGUGAAGGGUCUCAGUUACGAGGAAGGUCUUUCCCAGAAUCAGAAGUUUCAAAUCUUGAAAGAAGCUUUUGAAUAUAAUGAAUUUGAGAAAGGUUCCUGUGAUAAGGCUGCCUAUAUUACCCCUGAAAGUUCUCACAUAGAAGAGAAAUCCAGUAAGGAUGACAAAUUGAGUAAAACCUGUGGUAAGACAAUUCUGUUUGACCACAAGAGAACUAGCACAGUGGAGAAGUACUCUGGUCUUAACCAGUGUGUGAAAUCCUGUGAGAAGUCAACUUUCAUGGACUACAAUAAAGUUCACGUGGCUUUGUCACACUGUGAAUGUAAUGAAAAUGGGAAUAAUUUCAGCAGGAAGUCACAGCUCACUCAACCUCAGAGAAGUGUCACGGGACAGAGUACCUUUGAAAGGAGUACGUGUGAAGAAAACUUCGGACAGAUCUCAACUUUCAUGGUACAUUGGAGAACACCAACUGAAGAUAAAUCUUUUGAAUAUAAUGAAUACGGGAGUUCUUUUUACCCAAAGUUACACCUAAUGGUACAUAAGGAAUCUCACAUAGAAGAGAAACUGUGCAAAUGUGAUGAAUUUGAUAAUUUCUCCCAAAUCUCAGCCGUGAGUAGUCAUCAGCAAAGUGACACAGGAGAGAAGACUUUUGAAUGUAAUGAGCACAGGAAAUCCUUUUACCAGAAAGUACACAUCACUCAGCAUCAGAGGAUGCAUUCAGGGGAGAAGCCAUAUGAAUGUAAGGAAUGUGGGAAAUCCUUUUGUCAGAAGUCACACUUAAUUCAACAUCAUGGAACGCAUACGGGUGUCAUACUCUGUGAGUGUAAUAAUUGUGGCAAAACUUUCUGUCAGAAGUCAACCCUCAGUGUGCAUCUGAGUACUCACAAAAAGGAGAAACAUUAUGAACAUAAUAAAUCUUACAAGAGGUUAGCUCUCAAAGAACACCAGAAAACAGUCACGGAGAAGAAACUCUUUAAAUGUAAUGAAUGUGGAAAAGUGUUUCCCCAUAUUUCAGGCCUCAGAGCACAUCACAGAAUUCACACAGGGGAAAAACCCUAUAAAUGUAAUGAAUGUGUGAAAACCUUCUCCCAGAAGUCACACCUCAGUAGACAUCAGACAGUUCAUACAGGGGAGAAACCCUAUCAAUGUAAUGAAUGUUGGAAGACCUUUUCCCAUAAGACACAGCUCAGAGCACAUCAGAGAAUUCACACAGGGGAGAAACCCUAUCACUGUCCUGAAUGUGAGAAAGCUUUUACCCAAAAUACAUCUCUCAGAGUACACCUGAGAAUUCACAGAGGAGAGAAACGCUACGAGUGUGAUGAAUGUGGGAAAGCUUUUACCCAAAAUGCAACUCUCAGGCUGCACCAGAGACUUCACACAGGAGAGAAACCCUAUGAAUGUAAUGAAUGUGGAAGAUCUUUCUCCCUAAAAUUGUACCUAAUUUCACAUUUGAGAAUUCAUACUGGGGAGAAACCCUACAAAUGCAAUGAGUGUAGGAAAACAUUCUCCCGAAAUUCAGGUCUCAGGCUACACCAGAGAAUUCACACAGGGGAGAAACCCUAUGAAUGUAAUGAAUGUGGGAAAGCUUUUGCCCAAAAUUCAAAUCUCAGAGUACACCAGAGAAUUCACACGGGAGAGAAAUCCUAUGGAUGUAGUGAAUGUGGAAAAACCUUCUCUCAGAAGAAAAACCUCAGUGAACAUAAGAAAAUUCACACAGGCGAGAAACCCUACAAAUGUAAUGAAUGUGGGAGAUCUUUCUCCCAGUAUUCAGGCCUCAGAGCACAUCAGAGUAUUCACACAGGGGAGAAACCCUAUGAAUGUAAUGAAUGUGGGAAAACCUUCUCUCAGAAGAAAAAUCUCAGUGCACAUCAGAAAAUUCACACAGGUGAGAAACCCUAUGAGUGUAACGAAUGUGGGAAGAAUUUUGCUCAUUAUUCUACUCUCAGAAGACAUCAAAGAACUCACACGGGAUUAACCUUAGGCAUGCAAUAAAUGUGGUAAAAGUUUUUUUGGGGAAGGCAACCCUUGGAGUACAAGAUUCACACAAGAGAGAAACCCUUUGCAGGUAUGUCAUACGUAUUAGAUAAUUCACAUAAGGGAGAAACCCACAGCUUAUACACUGGCAACUUCUUCACCUCUAUUUCUUUUUUUCUUAGGCUCAUAGCUAUUCUAGUUUUUCCAACUGUCUAUUGCACGUUAGUUGGAUAUGCCACAUCCACGUCUGGCCGAUCGGAAACUUAAACCUCACAUUGUUUCUGACCCUGUUGAAAUGAAGAUGAUUUCCGUGGUAAACUUUGGAUGUUAUCCGUUAAUGUGGCAGAAUACAGAGUGAAGGAAGCUAGAGUCCUUGCAUAACUGGGUUGACCACAGUUCUUCCCUUUUGUAUCUUCAGUAGUUGACUUUUUUUUUUUUUUCAGUGAAGAAAUAAGUUUGUGUUCUCUUUAGUUCUUGCAGAUUUGGCUGUUACUGUACCUUGCUUAGUUAUCUGUCUGGUAAGGAUGGAUGAAACCCUGUGACUCCAAUGAAGUGAGAAUCCAGCCAUUCAUUGUACGUCAGAAAAAAGUCGACAGGAAAGGUGUUUUAGUUACCUAGCGCUGCCAUAACAGAAAUACCACAGGCAGGUAGCUGUAAAGAACAAUUUGCUUUCUCACUGUCUUGGUGACUAAAACUCUGAAUUCAAGGGAUGGCUGUAGAGGGAGGUGUUUUCUUUGUUGGCAGCCUUUUUGCAUUUGUCUUCCCCCUGUUUUUGUCUGCAUUAAUUUUGCUGUUUUUAUAACAAACAGGGUUAGGACCCAUCAUAUUCUGACAUGAGCUCAUUAGCAUAAGAAAAACCUUGUUUCCAAACAGUCAUAUUUACAGGUAUAAAAAACUGAAACCCAUUGCCCUCGAGUUGAAUCCGACUCACAGUGACCCUAUAGGAUAGAGUAGAACUGCCCAUAGAGUUCCCAAGGAGUGGCUGGUGGUUUCUAACUGCCAAACUUUAGAUUAGCAGCCGUAGCUCCUAACCACUGCGAUUUUAACACAUAUUUUGGCAGGACACAAUUCAGUCCAUAACAAAAGAACUCUUGUCAACAUCCAUAAUGAUCAAAAACUCUUACCUGCAAGUCAAACACAGUAGAAAUCAGAAAUCUCAGGAAAAAUCCACAUAAACAUGUGAAAGCCUUUAGCAAGCAAUUAAUCCCUUUGAACAUCAACUGGUUAUGAUUGGCCUGAAAUUUUAAAUAGUUUGAAUGUAUGAACAUUUUCAACAAAUAUUGAACAUUUAUUUUGCAUUAUUCUAUAUUUUCUGGAAGGAAAUGCAUCUGUUCCAGAAUUCUGGAUUAAACCUUCACCUACAAGUGAUGUACCAGAAGUCAUGAUUUGUAUAUGAUAGCUGAAGCUUUUAUAGACAAUUUGUAGUAAAACAUAUACCUAUGAAAUGUGCAGUUUUAAAAAUGGAGUUAUUCAGGGCCACAGUAGUGAACAAAUUUGUGUGCAGCCUCUGAGCAAUGUUUGCUGCUUCUAAAUGUGAGAAGGCUACAUAACAGAUGUUUCAUUUUUUGUGUAUUGAAGCGUGACAGCAUUAAAUUGGAAAUGUUUACACUUAGUUUAAUAAAUUGUGAAAUAAACUUUGAUUUUCCACACUAAAUUGUUGUCUCUUUAUAUUAUUAAAACUUUUGAUGUAUUAAAGGUAAUAUUUGCAGUUUAAAGUAUCUUAUCACAUAGGCUUUCUUGGUCGUAUUUUUGUUAGGUGCCAUGGAGUUUACCUCAGCUCAUAAAGACCUUAUGUAUAACAGAAGGAAACAUUGCCCAGUACUGUACCAUCUUCACAAUUGUUGGUAUGUUUGAGUCCAUUGUUGCCACCACUGUGCCAGUCUAUCUCAUUGAGGGUCUUCCUAUUUUUUGCUGACCCUCUGCAUUACCUACAUGAUGUCCUUGUUCAGUGAUUGGUACCUUCUGAUGACUUGUCCAAAGUAAGUGAGCAACUCCCUUCUAAAAAGCAUUCUGGUUGUACUUCCUCCAACACUGAUUUGUUUCUUUUUCUGGCAGUCUAUGGUGUAUUCAGUAUUCUUCACCAACAGUGCAAUUCAAAUGUGUCAGCCCUUUUUCAGUAUUCACUUUUCAUUGUCCAGCUUUUGCAUGCAUAUGAGGCAAUUGAAAAUACCAUGCCGUGGGUCAGGUGCACCUUAGUCAUCAAAGUGACAUCUUUGCUCUUUAGAAAUUUAAAGAGGUCUUUUGCCACAGAUUUGCCCAAUACAGUACGUCAUUUGAUUUCUUCACUGCUGCUUCCCUGGCCGCUAACUGAUGAUCCAAGUAGAAUGAAAUCCCUGAGGACUCCAAUUUCUUCACCAUUUAUAAUGAUGUUAUUUAUGGUGCCAGUUGUGAGAGUUUUUGUUUUUUUCAUGUUCAGGUGUCGUCCAUACUGAGGGUUGUAGUCUUUUACCUUCAGCAGUAGGUGUUUCAAGUCAUCCUCAUUUUCAGCAUGCGAAGUUGAGUUAUUUGCAUAUUGCAAGUUUUUGAUGAGACUUCCCUCAAUCGUGAUGCUCUGAUCUUCAUACAGUCCAGCUUCUCAGAUUAUUUGUUCAUGAUACAGAUUGAGUAAGUAAGGUGAAAGGAUACAGCCCUGCCAAUGUCUUUGCGUAGUUGAAAAAGCACAAUAAACAUCAUUCUGGUAUUCAUGACAUCCUUCUUCCAUGUCCUCUUCUGAAUCUGGCUUGAACUUCUUGCAAUUCCUUGAUGUAUUGCUACAGCCAUUUUUAAAUUACAUUCAGCAAAAUUUUGCUUGCAUUUGAUUUUAAUGAUAUCGUUUGAUAAUUUCUGAAUUCUGUUUUGAUAGGCAGUCAGUUGGCCAAGUAGCUGUCUCCCAAAUAUCUUGACGUAGAUGAAUACAUGUUUCCAGCAUUGCAUCUGUGUGUUGAAGCAUCUCAGUUGGUAUUCCGUCCAUUCCUGGAGCCCUGUUUUUCGCCAGUGCCGUCAGUGCAUCUUGUACUUCUUCCUUCAGUACCAGUGGUUGUUGAUUGUAUGUUGCCUCCUGAAAUGGUUGAACUUGAACCAAUUCUUUUUGGUACAGUGACUCUGUGUAUUCCUUCCAUCAUUUUGUUGUUGUUGUUCUUGCUGAGAAUAUACACAGCAAAACAUACACCAAUUCCACACUUUCUACACGUGAGCAUGUUGUUGGUGUGUGCUGUAGAGUUGAUUCCGACUCAUAACUGCCCCAUAGGGUGUCCGAGGCUGUAAUCCUUACGGGAGCAGAUUGCCACGUCUUCUGAGGAGUGGCUGGUGGGUUCAAACCUCCGACCUUUUGAUUAGCAGCUGAGUGAGUGCAUAACGGUUGUGCCACCAGUGGUUCUUUCCAUCUUUUAACGCUUUCUUCAAUCCUUCAAUAUUGCCAGCUCGAGGCUUGAAUUUUCUCUUUGAUUCUUUCAGCUUGAGAAAUGCCAGUUGUGUUCUUCCCUUUUGGUUUUCUAACACCAGUUCGUUGCACAUUUCAUUAUAAUAGUUUAAUUUGUGUUCUUGAGCUGUCCUUUGAAAUCUUCUGUGCAGCUCCUUUAUUUCAUUGUUUUUUCUGUGAGCUUCCACUCUGCACUCAGGAGCAAGUUCCAGAGUCUAUUCUGACAUCCAUUUUUGUCUUUUGUUUCCUGUCUUUACUGACCUUCUGCUUUUUUAUGUAUGGUGUCCUCCCACAGCUCUUUUUUGGUUUUUGGUCGUAAGUGUUCAGUGCAUCAAAUCUAUCCUUGUGAUAGUCUCUAAAUUCAGGUGAGAUGUAAGGUCAAGGUCAUAUUUUGAGUCAUGGAUUUGCUUUGAUUUGCUUCAGCUUCAGCUCGAACUUGCAUGUGAUCAAUUGAUGGUCUGCUCUGCAGUCAUUCCCUGGCUUUGAGUUUCUUCAUUAGCUCUUUCCACAGAUGUAGUCUAUUUGAUUCCUGUGUACUCCAUCCAGUGAGAUCCGGGUUAUAGUUGUUUGUGUUGUUGAGAAAAAACUAUUUCUGAUGAAUAAGUCCUUUGUCUUGUAGAAUUCUAUCAUGAGGUCUCCAGGAUUGUUGCUAUCAGCAGGCUGUAUUUUCUAACUACUGGUUCUUCUUUGUUCCCAACUUUUGCAUUGCAAUCACCAGUAAUUAUCAGUGCAUCUGCAUUGCACGUUUGAUCAAUUUCAGACUGCAGCAGUUUGAAAAACAUCUUCAAUUUUUUCAUUUAUGGUUAUUCUAAAAGCAUUAAAAAAAACAAAACUGAGUCAUGAAAACAGGUGUCUGUCUUCUGUACUGUGUUGUGAUAUUAUAGGACUUCUUAAGCAGUUUUUUGUAAAUAGUUUAUUUUUGUUGUUGAGAAUGUGCACAGCGUGACAUAUACCAAUUCAGCAAUUUCUAUAUUUACAGUUCAGUUUCACUGAUUACAUUCUUCAAGUUGUGCAACCAUUCUAACCCUCGUUUUCUAAAUUGUUCCUCCUCUAUUUACAUAAACUCUCUGCCCCAUAAUUCUCUUUAUCUAAUCUUUCAAGAUGCUGUUUUCAAUUUGAUGCUAUAUAGACAGUUCUUUAAAAGAGUACACUGCUCAAGACAUAUUCUUCAUUAAUUAUGCUAAAAUAUUGUUUGGCUUAAAGAGACUUCAGGGCAUAUUUUUUAUUUAAGAUUCAAAGGUUAUCUCAGGGAAAUAGUUUUGGGGGUUUAUCCAGCCUCUGUGGCUCCAGAAAGUCUGAGCUCCAUGAAAAUUUGAAAUUCUCUUCUACAUUUUCCCCUUUUUGAUCAGGAUUCCUCUAUAGAAUCUUUAUCAAAACAUUCAGUAAUGGUAGCCAGGCCCCAAGCAGUUCCAGUGUCAUGGCAAAGGAGGCAUUUGUUCAUGGAGGCAAUUAGGUAUGCGUUCUCUUUCAUCUUAUUUUUGACUCUCCUGCUGCUUUUAAUGCUCCAAGCAAUUAAAGACCAACUAGCACUACACAGUAAAUUAGGAGGUAGAACAGAAGCACUAAAAAGAUAUUACACCAGUUAAGUGGGGUAUCUCAUGAAACCAUUACCCUAAACCUCUAAACCAAGAAACCAAAUCCCAUGAUGCAUUUGGUUGUACAUAAGCAGGCUGAGUAGCUGUCCCCUUUUUUUGUUGUAAAUAUAUCACACAACUUUUGCCAAUUCAAGUUUUCAUAGCUGUACAACUUAUUUACAUCAAUUACAUUAAUCAGCUGGUCAGUCCUUACCCUUAAUGAAUGCUAAUUUUCUAUCACCAUAAACUGAAAUUCAGUGCUUCAUAAGCAAUAGCCCUCUCCCUGCUUCUGCCCGUGAUAACCAUUAAUAUACUUUGGUCCCU